CGCGCCGGCGAUCAAAUGAGACCAUGAUCCCAGGCUGGACGUGUUGACUCGAUCGGGGACGGGGUCGGCCGGAAGUGUCGGCGGAAGCGGUUCCCCAGAUGCGCCGCCCGUCUUGUGAACAACGGUCUGCAUCGUGGCCAUGAAGUGCGGAGAUGAGGAAGUGAAAUGAAUUGGUGGGUGGGUGUUGCUCAGCACAGUUGGGAAUGACAGACAAGAAAAUUCACCGUGGCAAAAGUUGAGGGAGUGUCUGCUCGGCCAGGCCUGGGUCGAGAGAGAUGGGAAAGUUUUUUUCUGCUGGGUUGACACGGCAGGAAAGAUCCUUUACUUCCGGGCGGCGACUCGAGGCGGUCAACUGGGCUGUUUACUGGUCAUGUGAUCUUGUCACUUUUGGGGGUAAAUCAGGCAGCCAGGCAUCAGCCCACCGGAUGACGGAUCCACCUUCUCCCGCCAAUCCCCACCGACCCAAAUCCAGACUCUCGAUCUUCCCCAGAUAUCGACGCGACGUUAUCGUCUCGACGUUAUCGUCUCAUGCUCCCCCGCCUUCAGCAACAGCAACCCUCGUAUGCCACGGCCAAAGGAUUAUUCUCACCUCGCUCGACACUGCAGACUGCACAAGCUCUUCACCAAUGCUCCGCAGCCCCGUAUCCAUCCCGUCAGGCGCGUCAGGCCGUGCCCGUGGCUGAUUGCUUCAGCCUGUCCGAUCGCGCGGGGGAGGAAUCUCCCGGAGACCCGCACAUUAAGAAUGGUUAGCACUAUCUCAGCCUCGUCUGCCCGAGUCACCACCUGACACUAA